AUGGAUGAGACCAACUUAGGAACUACCACAAUCACUGCUCAUCCCCAGAUGGUGACAUCUCCUGGGACCCAUUCCGCUGAUGUGGCAUCAGUAGAGCUUUCAGACACAGAUGAUGAUUAUGUGCUUAGUGAUGAAGAUGAAAUCCUUACAAACCCGGAGCACUUGGGAUUCACCUCGUCAUUAUCAGAACACGCUACAUAUUUUUCCAACACUAUAUCUCAUGCACUCGACUCCUUGGAGCUUGAUAAGUCGCUAGCUUUGCAAGCGAAACUAAGUGGAGAAUUGAACAAUGAAAAUCAAAAAAUUAUCGAAAGAAAACAAGAACUCUCGCAACAUUUGAAACAAUUACAGGAUCUACUAAAGACCAACUUGGUGUCUGAGCCACAAAAGCUCAGUAAGGUAGAACAAAUGUCAAAGGAUUUGGAGAGUAUUGAACUGAGAAUACUAAGGUUGAAGAACGGUCAAAAGAAGGGAUCGUAUGCAUUAUCAUUUUUAAGAUCUACCAACCACUCCAAGGUGGGUGUGGUUGAAAAGUAUCCAAUUGAAUACAAUCAGGCCAGGGACAAAGUUACUGAGCGCCAACUUGACCAGUAA